AUGGCGAUCCCCUCAUGCAGACGCGAUCCUCACUUCUCCGAUGCGUCGUCUCCAUCCCUAGGACAGCCUCUUAACCCGCCCUACAUCGUCAAGCCUCGCGGGCGGCACACACACACCGUCAUCCUGCUGCACGAUGUGGCCUCCAACGGACACAUCUUCAGCCACGACCUCUUCACCACGGGCAAGACGGCCGCCGGUAAGACGCUCGACUCGGUGUUUCCCGGCGUGCGCUGGGUCUUCCCCUCGGCGCCGCGACGGCCCUGCCAUGCGCUCGAGCACGCCAGAAUCGCGGCGUGGUUCGACGUCGUCAACCUCAAGGACCCGAGCCUUCGGCAGGAAACGCAAAGAAGGGGCCUUUGCACCUCUGCACGGGAGAUAUUCGCUAUCCUUCAUUGGGAGCUGAAGCUCGUCGCGCCGGAUAAGGUGGUUCUCGGCGGCAUGGGCCAGGGUUGCGCCAUGGCUCUCGCGAUGCUGCUCAGCCUCGGUCACAAAAUAGGCGGUGUGAUCGGGAUGAGCGGCUUUCUCCCCUUUCAAUUCGAGCUCGAAAUGAACACGGCCGAAGACUCAUCGAGCGAGAGCGAGAGCCAGACUAGUGUCCGCAGUGGCGCUCGCAGCGCUCGCGGCAGCAACCGCUCAGCGACAUCGUACGACCCAGCCGUCAAGGCGCACAUAUUCCAGCGCACGUUGCUUCAACUCGCCAGCGCUGAACACCCAACCAAAGAUGAGACAUCGUACGGCACGCCCGUCUUGCUUGGUCACGGCGCUCUGGAUGACGUACUGGCUUUUGCCCUUGGUGAGCAGGCAGCCUUGGCGCUGAGGACUGCCGAAUAUGAGGUCGAAUUCAAGCGAUAUGAGGACCAUGGCCACGGGUACAAGGUGCCGGAGCAAAUUGAUGACAUCGUCGAGUUCUUGCAGAAGCGAGUGGGCAUUAUGCCCCAGAGUGACGGCGAUUAA